AUGUCGAAUACGGGCUUGGUGGACUUGGAGAGAGAGUUGACCUGCUCUAUUUGCACAGAACUACUCUAUCAGCCGUUGACUCUCCUUGACUGUUUACAUACAUUCUGUGGAUAUUGCUUGAAGGAAUGGUUCUCAUGGCAAGGAUCGCAUCCCAACAGCCGAAGCAGACGUCCAGAAUUUACCUGCCCCGCCUGUAGGGCUUCCGUCCGCGAUACAAGGCACGAUGCGAAAGUUACGACGCUACUUGACCUCUUUUUGCGGUCGCAUCCCGACAAAGAAAAAGCGGCUGAAGAAAAGAAAGAGAUUGCGGAGAAAUAUAAGCCAGGUGAUGCUGUAUUGGCAGCUCGCGCGGACGCGACGCGCCCCUCGUCUGACAAUGAUGACGAAGACCGCAGGUUACUGGAAGAAGUUAGGGAGAUGAGCCUAAGGGAGGCACAAGGGAGAGGAAGGCAUAGGGAAAUUCGGGUGUCCGCAUCGCGAGCUCAACGAGGGGCUUUUACAGAACGGUCACUCGAACAGCAACGAAUUGAAGACGCACGACGGAGAAGGCGUCUUACCAGGCAGAUGAAUUCUACCACGAGGUCACGAAGCCCUCUUGACCCGAAUGCGCAAAGAGCCAGGCAAGUCGAACACCAGUCUAGUUUACGGUCGCUUUUGAGCAACCCUGAUUUCCGCGAAACUGCAAUCCAAGAAGAAAUCUUGAGACAAAUCGCCGAAGAGGGGCUGUUAGACGGCAUUGACCUGCAAAGCCUUGACCGCGAGCAAGAAGAGGAGUUGACGGAGCGCAUUGCGGAAGCGUUUCGAAGGCGACAGAGGCACAGGGCUGGAUCAGACGUGAGAUUAAACGAUACAUCCGGUGCGCAGCCUUCGUCAGGUUCACGAUCACAAAGCGCAAAUCAACCAGGCAUGGAGCAAAGUAGACGCUCCGAGACCGGUCGACCCCAGCUUUUGGCGUCUCGACAUCACUCUGUUUCUCCAGCGCAUCGAAGGAGUGCCUCCGAUCGGGGGAUCGGCCGCAGGCGAACUUCGCCGAUUCCACAGCGUGCCGAAGAGCGGAUUAACCCUGCUCGGAGAUCUGUCACAGAUGUAUCGAACUCACCACAGCUGCGUCAAAGUUCGCAAAAUCAAACAACGAGGCGUGAAGCGGCAGCAAGAGCAUCUGUGGAUGAUCAAAAUACAUCGAUCAAACUCUCUCUCAUCCACCAUCAACCAGCAAGAUCGUUUGGCCGUCCCCACAUCGAGACCUUCUCCAGCUGCCUCAGAAGUGUCUGCUCCUAG